GCCUUAUACUGAUCCGAUCUCCUAAUCAAUUAUCCCUUCAAGUACACCUCAUACACAAUUAUAUUCUCUCAUCGAACAUACCACAUUAUCGCCACCAGUCAAGAACAAGAUCUAUCCACAACUCAACAUAGUUUUACAACUCAUAACUUACAUUACGUAUUCCGAUAUCUCUUUGAAUAUCACAAAACUUACAGUACAUCCACCCUGAUACUAUCGUUAUUAUCGACCAAGACAUCACUCCACAAUCACAAACGAUCGUAUUACAUCUAGCCUACCACAAUUACUAUUGUCAACAUCAAACAUCUCUCUACACUUAACGAGAUUUUGCAAUCAGUUCGAAUCUACGAAUUUACCACAAUCAAUUCGAACGUAUCUAUCUAAAUCACUUAUAGAGCGAUCACAAACCUCGACGUUGAUUCAAUAUAAAACUCUUCAAUAGGAAGCAAAAAGUCACCUAUUUCAAACCCCAGAAUCUUAUUUCGCAAUGUUCGCUUCAAUUUCAUCGCUUCGACAAUCGAGCCGAUUGACCGCCUUCCCUAAUAAACCUUUUCGCUUCCUUAACCUUCCUGGCAAUAUCCGCAAUAUUAUAUACGAGAUGUCAGUUUGUGACAUCAAAGAUCCCGAGCCAGUUGAUAGUUCAGACGCGAUAUCUCUCCCUACGGUCGAGACCAAUUUCAACAUUAAUCUACUUCUAACUUGUCGUCAAAUCCAUGAUGAAGCAAAAUACGUUCUGUUGACCAAGAAUCUUUUCGUUGAAGUCCAACUUACGGGGGCAGGAAAGGAAUUGAAUAAGGGAUUCGAGUCUAUGCUUUGUUUGUUCAGAGUGCCAGUCGUCUAUAUUAAGCAAGGUAUAAGACCCAAAGAUCGUUCUUUCAACAAUUGUGUUGUAAAAUAUCGUAUAUCAUGCGAUGAACGUCGUAGCCAGUGGGAGCGAGAGUCGAUUGAUUCUUUGGUCAUAUUGCAUCGCCACAUAAAUCAAUUGUUCGAUGCUAUCGCACAGACUCAAUGGUUCAUCUCAGCAUCGACACGGGGACACUCCUAUCAUGACAUCGCACUCCAAAAUCCUUUUGUCCCCAUGUUCGCACGCCUUGGUGGCCGUCGCAGUCACUUUUCCAUUCAGGCCUUACAGAACAAAGAAGAAGCAAUCCUAUCCCCAUUCUCCAACAUUGCAGAAGGCUCAGUUUAUAUAUCUAAGGAUUGGUCGGGAGAUUAUUUACAACGCGACAACACGAUAACCAAUGCCAUAUCCUCUAUCACAACCGAAAGCGUGUUGAAAGACUUAGAAGAAUUAACGAGCAAGGGACGAGAUCAUCACCUUCAAGGUAUUUACGUGUACGCUGAAGAAUACUACGACCUUGUGGAUAAAAAAAUCACAGUUCUGAUGAGUACCGUUCGCAAUGCGACAGUCACCAGGCUCUUUGAAAAGCCAUGGCUAAAGCCCGGGGAUCAAGUAGCAGAAGGACAGAUAUUUGAGAAUCAACUAGCCCAGAUAUACUCCACAAUAUGUUUAUAUCGUGCAGAAAAUGCUCUUGAGAAUCUGCGCGGACUUAUAAAUGAUGGUCUGGGUCAUUCCGCAAAAAAAGUGUACGCCAUGGUUCAAGAAAUGGCGGCACAAGGUGCAACUCCUCUACAAUUCCCUCGUUUCAUGCCAAGUCGAGAGCGAUUUAAAAAUCACAUAACCAUGAACGCCAUUUCAUUCAGGCUAUGGGAAGAAGUACACAUUGGAGACCGUUCGUGUAUUGAUAAUGCUUUGGAGAUGGUAGAAAGGGGGCUCAGAAUAGCUCCGCAUGACCCUACGUUGAAAGAGGAGAAAUACCGUAUCGCUCGUAGAAGAGUAGAAUUAGUACUGGAUUUUUCUGUCAUUCGAAACAUGACUCAUAGUUUGUUCGACGAUAAGUCCCAGUGCUAUCAAAAGUAGCAUUGUCCAAGUCACUACUUGAAAAUGUUAAGAUGGGUGAGUGUUUCUUGUCUCGGUUGCAGCAUCCCCUGUAGUGGCAGAAUCCGCGAUUGACAAAGUGACCA